UCAUCUUGUGACACUGCUAAAAGACCAGAAAAUAAAUCUAAAAAUCGAUUUGAUCACAUUUUAGCCUACGACCACUCACGAGUGAUAUUGCAAGAUAAAGAAAACGUGAGUGAUUAUACCAACGCUAAUUACAUAUCUUCAAGACACGGAGCCAAGAGCUACAUAGCAUCGCAAGGUCCAUUCAAUCCGCAGACAAUUUGCGACUUUUGGUCAGUAGUUUAUACCGAAGAAGUGUCGUGUAUAAUAUUUUUAUCCCAGUUGGCUGAAAACGACGUCGUAAAAUGUGAACGCUAUUGGCCUGAAGAUGACCUCAUGAGGAAGUACGGAGAAGUGAUCGUUAAAAAAAUUAGGAUGGAAAAAUACGCAAACUUUAUUAUCAGGACUUUUAUCUUAAUCAACGAUUCCGAAAGUCUCAACCAAGAGAGCCAAAGAGUUACCCAAUUCCACUUCACUAGUUGGAAAUCAAACGAGUACAGCAUUCUAAAACUUCUUGAGUUUUGGCAAAAAGUUAAAAACGACAAAAACGGUCAAAGAUUACCGUGGUUGGUACAUUGCAGUACUGGAAUCAGCAGAUCAGCAGUCUUUCUAGCAAUGGAAAAUUGUCUCGGAGGCAAAAGAAGCCACGGAGUUAAUGUAUAUCAAUGCUGCAACAGAAUGCGAAAAUGUAGACCGUGGAUGGUGAAAACUUUGAAGCACUACCAACUAAUCUACGACCUUCUAUAUGAAGCA